AAAGAAAAAUAUUUCAAGAGUGGAGAGAAAAUCUUCAUGGAGUCUAUUAUUUGCGGCAAAAAUCAAUGAUUAUGACUGACAGUCUAAAAACAUAGAACAGCAUUACCAUCUAAGUGAUCUUGUCUUUUUUUUUUCUUUUUUCUUUUUUUCUUCUUUAAUCAAUUUCUAGAGUGUAUGUCAAGCUGUUCUUUGUAUGCAAUAAUAUAUUUUKAUUCUAACAAACAUAUCAAUGGCAGUGUACAUCCGUUUCCCAGCAGUGUUUGUAGGAAACAGGCUUUUGUGCAAGUAUUAAGUUUCAGGAAAUUAAAAAAAACGUUACAAGUAAUGAUGUUAUUGUUAAUCAAUAACCGUACGGGUAAAUUGACCAAUCAGGKUCAAGCAUUUUUUCAGCCAAUCAAAUUGAUUGGGGGUUUUACCAAUCGAGUUAUGAGUUUAAUAAACGGUCAAAAAAUCAUUUCAUAACUGGUCAUAUAUAGGAAUAUCUUAAUUUAAUUCUUUGACAAGCGACAAGCGUGUUUGAAAUUUAUCCCAAUGUAGUAAACCGGACCGGGAGAUUUAAAAAAAAUAAUMUCAGCUACAAAACUGACUGAAAUGCUGUCAGGGGCUGAAAUUGCAAUACGAACGGCCUUCUCGACUGUGACUCUCAUCGGUGUUGUUGGCAACAUYUUGGUUUGCCUGGUGAUCCUYCUGAACAAGCCCAUGCGAACACCCAUGAACUACCUCCUCGUUAACCUUGCCAUCUCAGACAUGAUACUCUUGGUUUUCUUCACACCAACAUUCAUUUUCAAAGGGGCAUUUACUCACCCAACCGGUACAGCUGGAGAUAUCCUUUGCGUUUUCGUCACGGGAGAAAGCUUUGCGUGGAUGGGUGGCUACGCGUCUGCGUCAUUCCUUGUUGCUAUAGCAAUUGAGAGAUAUUUUGCCGUCACGAAGCCCCAGAAUGACGUCAGCAUCACUAGAAAUUACCUCAAAUUACUUGUGGCGUCAUGCUGGUUUUUCUCCCUCGCUUGGAACUCGAUUGGUUUUGCCGUAAAGCGAUAUAAUGAGUCGUUYGGGUUCUGCUCCAUGGAGUGGCCUGAGUCUUACUCGUUCAAGGUCUACAGCGCCCUUACUUACGUAGUAUUGGGCGUGGYACCGAUAAGCACAAUGUGUGUGUUGUAUUCAAAAGUCGUUCAGACGCUAUGGUUCAAACGCGAGGUAGUACAAGUAAACAACCAAGAAGCAGAGAGRAAUAAGCGUAAGAAGGUUACAAAGAUGGCGCUCACCGUAAGCCUCAUCUACGCACUUUCGUGGAUCCCUGAGCUGACMAUCUUUCUUCUCGUAGCGUACGCACCUCACUCUCUCGAUCAAAACCUCGCCUACCCAGCSUCUGUUGCCCUGGUUUCGUUUAAUUCGGCAGUGAAUCCAAUAAUUUAUGGAUUUCACAAUGAGCGCUUCAGGCGCCAUCUGAUCAACCUGGUGUGCUGUACGAGGUCGGCWUCRCGAGUAGCUCCUGUUGAUACAAGAUCACAGCAACCGACGACUGCCAUGCUAAAAGACUGUUCCACUACUCGCAAAAAAAGUGCUCUUGCAAUGCACAAUCUCUCGUUUGACAAGAGUGUUGCUUGAAAUACUGACAUGCUGUGCUUUGUUACGCAGUGGACAGCAGUUUACAAAAUKAAAAGUGCAAACACUGAUUUAAAAGGGUAAUAUUUUGUACUUAACAACAUUUCAUUGCUGCAACUGUCUUAUAAGCUGUAUUCAGUAUGGAUAUGUAUCAAAGUCUUGGAAGACCGUCAACUGUUUCAAGCUAACUAAGUCUUUUAAUGGGACAGAAGCGAAAGAGAGGGAGUUUUGAAAGCACGCUCACCGUUAGAAGAAAAUACAUCAGUGUCUUUUGAUAUUGUGUCAAGACGCUAGGAAGAACUCUCCGAAUGUGCAACAAAUUGAAAUCAAAUUAAAUUAAAAAGAAAACAUAAUAAUUUAUAGCUAAAAUGCGCAAAUACUGACAAUCAUGACGAUUUAUUAUCUUUGAAAUCACAAAGAGAACUUUAUGUUAAGUGAUAAGAGAACAAAUUUUAAUCAAAUUGUUUGUUUAGAUUUGACGUUAUCCGCCAAGUAAUGAAUAUCUCAAUCAUCCUCACUGUUAARAUCAGUAAACAUUGUUUAAUUAUACAAUACGGAAACAGUCAUUACCGAAUUGACAACUUCCCUCAAAAACGUACUUGGUGUCUACUACACAAGUCAGAGAGGUUCUGUGGUUUUGGCAUCUGCGGAUGCAGGGCUUGUUUUCCUUGACGGGCGCAGCCAUUUUCAAACGGCGAUUGCACGAUCGAAAGUAGCCAUGGGUCAAUUUCUAUAUGCAUUUUGAAUCCAAUAAGUGAGAUUUUGUUUGUCAAAACAGUGUAACCAUAGUCCCUUUCGGUCGUUCAAUCUCCCUUCGACAACCACACCGUCUCCCCGACAACAUUUUUUUGAAAUAAUAUCUAACAUUAUAAUGUUCUUCUUGUAAAAUAUGUAAAUGAUGUAACAUUGAAAAUCUUAUUAAUGUAUUAAGUGAAUCAUAAAACAUUAUUAAAUAAAAUACGAGUGCCGGUUA